GGGUGAGGUGGGCUUGAAGACCCUUUUUCAGCCUCUUGGAGAAACUUAGUUACAGAGCAUUAUAUGAACUUGGGGUGAAAUAGGCGAAGGAGUAAACAAAACUUUGAGAUGAAGUGGUCAAAAGAACAGGUAAGCUUUAGGGUGAAGUUUGGUGGGGGUUAAGUUUAGGGAACCGGCUGUUUAGAAGGUCAAACACCUUCCUGGAGAUAGGGUUUCUGUGAAUUGAGCUAGAAGACCUAGAACUCAAGUUACAAAGUUAGGACUUUCGAUUUGGUGAUGGGAAGGGGCAAAACAUGGCAAAUUUGGGAUGACUGGGAUAUAGAGCAGUCUGUACUAGGAUGGUUAAGGGAACAGAAGAAUCAGGACUGUGGGAGAAUUGUGGCAGGGUGGGGUCAGAAGCCUGUCGAAGUUAGGAGGGCUCCUGGCCAGAGAGCCAGCCCCUCACCUGUUCUUUGUGCCCUCUCCAGCUCGGUAGCACGGCAGGCAGGUGCCAUGGCCUUGAUUGAAGGGGUGGGUGAUGAGGUGACCAUCCUUUUUGCGGUGCUUGCCUGCCUUCUGGUGCUGGCCCUUGCCUGGGUCUCAACACAUACCACGGAGGGCUCCGAUACCCUGCCCCAACCACCAGGGACUUCAACGCCAGCCCAGCCCAGCGAAGUCAUGGCAGCCACUGACAGCAUCAGAGGAGAGGCUCCAGGGGCCGAGUCCCCCAGUUUGAGACACAGAGGUCAAGCUGCACCGCCAGAGCCUGGAGUCACUGCAACAACACCACCCCCAGACUCCCCACAGGAGCCCCUCGUGCUACGGCUCAAAUUCCUCAAUGAUUCGGAGCAGGUGGCCAGAGCCUGGCCUCAUGACACCAUUGGCUCCUUGAAAAGGACCCAGUUUCCCGGCCGGGAACACCAGGUGCGACUCAUCUACCAAGGCCAGCUUCUAGGAGACGACAGUCAGACGCUGGGCAGCCUUCACCUCCCUCCCAACUGCGUACUCCACUGCCACGUGUCAACGAGGGUCGGUUCUCCACAUCCCCCCUGUCCACCGGGGUCAGAGCCAGGCCCCUCCGGGCUGGAAAUCGGCAGCCUGUUGCUGCCCCUGCUGCUGCUGCUGCUGCUCCUGCUCUGGUACUGCCAGAUCCAGUACCGGCCCUUCUUUCCCCUGACCGCCACCCUGGGCCUAGCCGGCUUCACCCUGCUCCUCAGUCUCCUGGCCUUUGCCAUGUACCGCCCAUAGUGCCUCCACGGGCUCUUGGUGGUGUAGCCAACCCCUCUGGACCUCACUCCCCACGUCGUGGUGGGAGCUGCUGUCUGCCCAGGCCAGCUUCUCCAGCCUGCCUCUUCCCAUUACCCUGGAGCCCAGCCCUGCGUCGCAGGGGACUCCGGGAACUGGCAGAGUCCCGCCCCUGUGAUCUCCAUGGCUCUGGACCACCUUCUGGGGCUGCUGGCCCUCAGCCUUCACUGACAGUUGGCUCUUCAGGGUCAGGCACUUGCUGUCGUUGCCUUGGCCCUGAACAAAGAAUACGGCCCACUCCCCUGGGCCCGUCUUAGUGCUCUGCCUUUGGACUCAGCCAUCCUUAGUCCCAAGACCUCCUUGGCUGAUUUGGGCACCUAGGAACUGUGGGAGGCUGGUGACAGGGAGCUGGGAGGGGCAGAGGCAUUCUCUGGAACUUGUGCAGAUUAAAAUAACUGUGAAGUUUUCA